UCUCUCUCUCUCUCUCAAAAGCAAAACAGAGCACAAAGCAAGAAAAAGAAACGAAGAAAGAAGCGCCGAAAAAAAAAAUGAAGAAUCUCUACCAAAAAAGCAAAGGCAAAAUCCACCCAUCUCCUUCUUCUUCUGCUUCUUCUUCUUCUUCUUCUCCUCUUCUCAAUCGCCUCCCACCUGAAAUCCGCUCCCUCGUUUCUACAACCCUCCCACCUGAAGACCUUGAAGUCCUAGCCUAUCUCAUCAAAACCAACCAACCAUCCUUCAAAUCCUGCAAGAAAUCACAUCCCUUCGAUUGCAGCUGCUUCCACUGUUACACCACCUUCUGGACUCGCUGGGACUCCUCCCCCAACCGCAAUCUAAUCCACCAAGCCCUCGAGGCCUUCGAAGAAUCCCACCUCCCCACCUCCCCAAAACCCCCCAAGAAAAGAGACCGUCGCGUUUCAGCCGAUAAAUCCAAGAAAAACUCCGCUACGGCCGCCAAACGCGAUAUAUCGGAACUCGGGGUCGUGAAACUUCACCAGUCUGCCACGUCAGAUGAUGGGCCGAAGAUGGUCGCGACCGUUUCGAGUGGUGUCUCGGAGGUCGAGAGAGUUUCAGAGCAAGAAUCCGAUAUAUCGGGAGCAUCUGCCGUUUCGGACGUAUCGGAUGUUGGAGUGAUUUUUCCGCAACUACCUGAAGCAAGCCAGCAAGGUUUGGUGAGGAAGGUAUGGCCGGACGUGUUGGGGUUAUUUAAUUCUCGUUUGUGGAAUCUUUGGAGUCCGAAUGUAUGAAGAGAAAACCAAGAAAAGAAAAUCAAAUAUCAAACUCUUGCAACGGUAGCUCUUGCUCGAAAUCUAAUAUAAUAUAUAUUCCAUUUUUUU